GUCCAAGCAGCUCAUUAAGGACGCACUGCUGAGUAAUGAGUUUAUCAAGGUUCUGGCGGCCACACAGUUACGGGAGGUCAUUGACUGCAUGUAUGAGAAGAAGUUGGCCAAGAACUGCUACAUCAUCAGGGAAGGCGAGCGAGGAGAACACUUGUAUGUCUGUGCAGAUGGCGUGCUGGAGGUUCACAAAGAUGAUAAAAGACUUGGUGAGAUUAAGUCUGGUGGUUUGUUUGGCGAGCUUGCUAUCCUAUACAACUGUACGCGCACAGCCUCCGUAAAAGCUGUGACCAAUACAACGUUAUGGGUCCUAGACCGGAGAGUUUUCCAGACCAUCAUGAUGAAAACUGGUCUAGAGAGGAGAGAGGAGAAUAUCUCUUUUCUUAAAAGUGUGCCUUUGUUGAAACAACUGCCUUCAGACAAGCUAGCAAAAAUAGCUGAUGUUCUAGAAUAUGAUUUCUUCCAUGAAAACGAAUAUAUCAUCAGGGAGGGAGCCACAGGCGACACUUUUUUCAUUUUAAACAAAGGGGAGAUUCUAAUCUCAAUGUGUCUGAUUGUGAAAGUAACACAGAUGAUAGCCGGCCAAGAAGAACCUAAAGAAGUAAGAAGAUUAAAGCGGGGAGAUUACUUCGGUGAAAAGGCGCUCCUGAGCGAAGAUAGAAGAACGGCUAAUGUUAUUGCACUGCCCCCAGGUGUGGAAUGUCUCACGGUGGACAGGGAGUCAUUCACAAAACUGAUUGGAGACCUCAACGAACUACGCAACAAGGAUUACGGCGAUGAAGCUCGAGGAGCAGAAAGGUCCGAGUUUGAAAACAUCACUCUGGAUGAUCUUCAGCUGGUGACCACACUAGGGAUGGGAGGAUUUGGGCGCGUCGAGCUGGUGCAGUUCAUCAAAGACAGGUCAAAAACGUUCGCCCUGAAAUGUCUGAAGAAGAAACACAUCGUUGAAACCAGGCAGCAAGAGCACAUUUACUCUGAAAAAAGAAUAAUGAUGGAUGCCGACUCGCCGUUUAUCACUAAACUCCAUAAAACUUUCAGGGACCGAAAAUAUGUUUAUAUGUUAAUGGAAGUUUGUUUAGGAGGAGAAUUAUGGACUAUACUCAGAGACAGAGGAAACUUUGAUGACAUGACUGCUCGGUUUUGUGUGGCCUGUGUUCUCGAAGCCUUUUCCUACCUCCACGCCAAGGGCAUUAUCUUACAGGGACCUGAAGCCAGAAAACUUAUUGUUGGACGCCAGAGGAUAUGUGAAGUAGAUUUUGGUUUUGCCAAGAAAAUUGGCGUGGGCAAGAAAACGUGGACCUUCUGUGGCACACCUGAAUAUGUCGCCCCCGAAAUUAUACUGAAUAAAGGGCACGACCACUCUGCCGACUACUGGUCGUUGGGCAUUCUCAUGUAUGAGCUGUUGAACGGCACGCCUCCUUUCUCCGGCUCAGACCCAAUGAGGACUUACAACAUCAUUCUCAAGGGCAUUGACCACAUUGAGUUUCCCAAAAGAAUUAGCAGAAGUGCCCAUAUACUCAUCAAGAAGCUUUGCCGGGACAAUCCAAUGGAGAGACUCGGAUAUGGCAAGAAUGGCAUUAGUGACAUUAGGAAAAACAACAGAUGGUUCCAAGGAUUUGACUGGGAAGGUCUUAUGAAUUUAACACUGGCUCCACCCAUUUCACCAAAG